ACAAAGCCCAGAAUGCAGCGGGGGCUCAGGCCGCCUGUUUCCCGGUGGCCCCGCCCGGGGGGCCGGGAACAUGGCUGGAAGCAGCGGCGAGGCUAGCGGCGCGGUGCCGGAGUACGAGGUGCCCGAGCUGCACACUCGCGUGUUUCACGUGGGUUCCUUCGGCGCGCUCUGGAAGCGGAGCCUGCACGGGCCGGAGCUGGCCGUGCAGGGGGCGGUGGCAGAGGACGGGGCUGCCGCCGUGGCGGAGGAGCUGGGCUGCGGGCUGGAGACUGCGGCAGAGCUCAGGGCUGUGUGCAGUAUUGACAUGUUAAAGUCCCCUGAUGAUGAAGAAGAUCCAGAGAUUAUUUCUGAGGACAGCAGCCUUGUAACUCUUCGAAUUAGAAAGAAGGCCCUGGAGAGGCGAGAAGAAACCAUAAUUGUAGAUCGCACUUGCAGACAAGAAACAUUUACUUAUGAGAUGGAGUCUCAUGCAAUUGGAAAGAGGCCAAAAGAUCCAGCAGAUCUAAUUGAGGAAGGAGAACUUUUCCUAACUCUGAACAUCUUCUAUCCUGUCAUAUUUCAGAAGCAUAAAGAUCACAAACCUUAUCAGACAGUGCUUGUGUUGGGGAGUCAAAAACUCACUGAGCUCAGAGACUCCAUUUCCUGUGUCAGCGACCUUCAGAUGGGUGGUGAGUUCAGCAGCCACCCUGACCAGGCACCAGAGCACAUUAGCAAGGAUCUCUACAAAUCUGCUUUCUUUUAUUUUGAAGGCGUUUUUUACAAUGAUAGAAGGCACUCAGAGUGCAGAGAUCUGAGCAGAACAAUUAUUGAGUGGUCAGAAUCUCAUGACCGAGGCUAUGGGAACCUUCAGUCUGCUAAAAUGGAGGACUACACAUUUAAUGACUUGUCCAUCAAAGUUGGUUUUCCAUACCUCUUCUGUCACCAAGGAGAUUGUGAGCAUAUCAUUAUCAUCACAGACAUAAGGCUUGUUCAUCAGGAUGACUGCCUGGAUAGGACCCUGUAUCCCUUGCAAAUCAAGAAGCAUUGGUUAUGGACUAGAAAAUGCUUUGUAUGCAAAAUGUAUACAGCCAGGUGGGUGACUAAUGAGGACAGUCUCGCUCCAGAGGACCCCUGUUUCUUCUGUGACGUUUGUUUUCGAAUGCUCCAUUAUGAUGCAGAAGGCAAUAAACUGGGAGAGUUCCUUGCUUACCCUUACGUUGACCCAGGGACUUUCAACUAAGGCUUCAACGAGAAUGAAUUCAGUGAACUGGAACCGUGAAUCUGCUGCGGUGGCGGUUGGGUGGUUCUGAACAGAUGUAGUCUGAAAUACUGCUGGGGUUUGGGAUAGGCCAUCAUUCCUUUGUUCAGAAGGGGGGUUCCUGUGCACAUCAGUUUUUUGAAUCUUGUUGGUAAUCCAGAAAGGGAGCAUGUACUUUUACACAGUGGAUUAGUGUGGAGGAAACAGCCUCAGCCACGCUUCGUUUUAACUAUAAAAAUGUAAAAAAGUACUGCUUACUUUUUUUUUUUAAAGUGCCUGUAGUACAUUAAAUGUGGAACUAUAGACUUCUAGGCAGAGAGACUUACACUUAUAAAUCUGGGUGUCCAAAGCUAGGGUCCUGAAUAAAAGAAAUCUGAUCUUUAAAAGCUGAGCACCUAUGGCUUCCAUUAACUUCAGAGGAUACUCCAUUUGACUUGUAGGCACCCUGGUUUGAAAAUUCUGGCCAUAGUCUCCUCUGAACAAGGGCAGAUGACUUUCAUUAACUCUGAUGGCAGUAAUCCAAACCAAUCAAGAGGAGAGAAUACAUCCUAAGAAACCAGUCACAGAGUGCUAGUUUAUUUCCAGGUCUCUUGCUUCAAGCAAUGACUGCUUGUUCAUCUCAACAUAUUUUCCUUUCUUCUUUCUCUCUCUGAAGGAAUAGGCAUUUGUGAAGAGUAAAAUAUGUUGCAUUUAGCAAUGCACAGUGCCCUACAUUUCAAAUGAAUUUCAUGUUUAUUUCAAUUCCUAUGCUCCUGAGUUUAUCAUUUAAAGUUCGUAAUGGGCAUUAUUGGUUGCAAGUGCAUUUUUGCUAUUUUAAUAUUACUUGACUUCUCUAUAUUGAAACUUAAUAAAGUCCUAUAGUCUAAUUAAAA